AUGGCCUUUGGCGAAUCGAUUCAUGACGUCGUCCGAGACGCUCCCUUGGGACAGCUCGUGCGCUUUUUCACCAGCAAUCGCCUUUUCAAAUACCCAGAAGAACAGCCGGACUUCAAGCUUCCUGGGCCAUGGAUCCGUAUGAUGAGCGACGCAGAGAUCGACAGGAUACCUCGGCCUAAGGCAGCUACAUCCUCAACCAUCUCUAACUUGAACCGCGAGCAAGAGGUGGUAGAGGCGGAGCACGACGUCAGCAACGCGGCCGAACUGGAUCUUGAGAGCAAGGAAUUUGCUGAAGACAAAUCUACUCGUCUGACGCCAAAAAUUACCAAAGACGGUACUAUUUUAGUCGAUUGGUACUACGAAGAAGAUACCGCCAACCCGCACAAUUGGUCUAACCUGCGCCGUGCGCUCCUCGCCUUGCUUAUAUGCUUCUAUACAUUUGUAGUAUACCUGAGUUCAGCAAUCUACACAUCAUCAACCCAAGGUGUGAUGGAGAAGUUUGGCGUUAGCAAUCUCAAGGCAACUCUAGGUCUCGCUAUGUACGUACUAGGCUAUGGCGUUGGCCCACUGCUCUUUUCACCUCUCAGUGAGAUCCCUCGCAUCGGUCGCAGCCCUAUCUAUAUCAUCACUAUGGGCCUAUUUGUUGUCCUCUCUAUUCCAACAGCCUUGGUGAAUAAUUUUGCGGGCCUCAUUGUCUUGCGCUUCUUGCAGGGGUUCUUCGGGUCACCUUGCUUAGCAUCAGGUGGCGCUUCGAUGAGCGAUAUGUAUAGCCUGAUAAAUUUACCCUUUGCAAUGAUUGCCUGGGUUGCCGCGAUGUCCUGUGGGCCCUCUCUCGGUCCUCUCAUCAGUGGAUUCGCCGUGCCAGCGGAAAACUGGCGAUGGUCCUUAUACGAGUCUAUCUGGGUAUCGGCACCGGUGCUCAUCGCUCUCUUUAUGUUUAUGCCGGAAACGAGUGGCCCUAAUAUCCUCUUACGCCGCGCCCAACGCCUACGCAAGCUUACCGGUAGCCAGAAGUUAAUGUCCCAGAGCGAGAUUGACCAAGGUCACAUGACAGUCUCGGGCAUUGCCAUAGAUGCCUUGAUCAAGCCGUUAGAAAUCACUCUAAAAGACCCAGCCGUUAUGUUUGUGCAGGUCUACUCGGCUAUCGUCUAUGGCAUCUACUAUUCCUACUUUGAGGUGUUUCCACUUGUCUAUCCCGUUUUCUACCAUAUGAACCUAGGCCAAGUCGGUCUCGUCUUUAUGUGCAUCAUCAUUGGGUGCAUUGUCGCCAUUAUCGCUUAUGGCUUAUAUCUGUACCUUGUGGUUACACCACGGGUGAAGAAGGUCGGCAUGGGCCCACAAGAGAACGUUCUCAUACCUGGCUUACCUAUAUCCUUCGGUCCUACCAUUGGCCUAUUUAUGUUUGCCUGGACAGCCCGGGUUUCUAUUCACUGGAUCGUCCCAACUAUUGGCAUCUCGAUCUACGCUGGCUCGACAUUCAUCGUGCUGCAGUGUAUGUUCCUCUACAUCCCACUCAGCUACCCUCAGUAUGCUGCCUCUCUAUUCGCUGCAAACGACUUCUUCCGUAGUGCCCUGGCCAGCGGCAGCAUUCUCUUUGCGCAUCCACUAUAUCAGAAUCUUGGGUUUUCCAAAGGCACGAGUCUCCUCGGUGGCUUGAGCGUUAUUGGUAUCAUAGGGAUGUGGCUGCUGUUCUUCUACGGUGCCAAGCUCCGAGCUCUCAGCAAGUUUGCAACCUACUCGGAGGAUUAAAGCUAAAUUUGUGUCGAGUAAGCAUCUUAGACAUCUCUGAGUUCACUCGGGUCCAGUCAAUUAUGCUACAUUCAAAUCAGUCGCCGGACUACUAGUCGUUGUACAUCUCUUCUCAGUUAUUUCCCCCUUUCUUUCAUUGACUCACUCACGUACCCUUGUGUAAAAUAAAAUUGGCUAAAUAGACAUAGAUACAAUAUUUUUUCAUUUUUCGCUUCGCUGUUGAGUAUCAUGUAACUGAU